AUGAGUUUUUAAGCAAAAAAAAAUAUUCCACCAUGACAACAUCGCCAACAGAUACUGCAUCUGCAUCUGCAUUUUCCAGCUCGGACACAGCCGCCUUGGAGCGCGAGACAGAAGUGCAGGCCGAGGAACAAGUCACAUUCGAACAAAUCUGGAAUGAAACGCACAGAAAAGUGAGCAGUGGAUGGAUACGACAGAAUAGCUUCAAGAGGAUCUGCCUGCAAUUCCCGGAUGAUUAUUUGCCGCACAGCAAUGCCAUCAGCGUUAGCUUGAAGGAAUCGCUGGCUCCAGAGGACAUCAAGGUGUUCAUUAUGGCAGACACCACAUAUGGCAGCUGUUGUGUGGACGAAAUUGCAGCCGCCCACGUGGAGGCAGACAGUGUAAUCCACUUUGGAAACGCCUGCCAGAGCAAGGCCAGUCGCUUGCCCGUGCUCUACAUGUACCCAUGGCUGUUCCUGGAUGCGCCAGUGAUGAUGGAAAAGCUGGCCUCCGCCCUACAGACCGAGUGUAGGGAGCGUGAGGUGUGUGUUUACCUGGACAUUGGCUAUCACCAUUUGCGCGAGCUGCUGGGUGGGGCAAGUAGUCUCUACAAACAGCUCAAUGAGGCCCUGCAGCCGAAAGAGCUUGUUUUGGAAGUGUAUCCUCUGGCCGAAGAGGAUGCGGAUGCCGCCAAGCAGCACCCAAAGGCAGCCAGCGAGCGCAUCUGCAUCUUUGUGGGUUCCGAUAACCAGCGCUUUGCCAAUCUCUCCUUGACCGCGCCGGCCCUCCAAUGGUACAUCUUCGAUGGAGCCUCCGGCACGCUCAGCUCGAAGAAUCCCCUGACAGCGCAGUACAUACGCAGGCGCUACUUCUACAUCGAAAAGUGCAAGGAUGCGCAGACCUUGGGCCUGAUCGUGGCCACUCUGACAGCCGAUGGAUACCUGGAUGUGGUCGCCCGCCUACAGGCCAUGGCCAAGGCUCGGGGCAUCAAAACACAGCUCAUCUCCGUGGGUCGCAUCAAUCCGGCAAAGCUGGCCAACUUCCUGGAGAUUGAUUGCUUCGUGCUAAUCGGCUGCCCCUUCAAUAACAUGUACAACUCCAAGGAAUACUACAAACCCAUUGUCUCGGUCUUUGAGGCCGAGAUGGCGCUGAACCCCGCCUGGCACAUGAAGUAUCCCGAGGCGUAUGUGACCGAUUUCAAAGAGCUGCUUCCCGAGGGACGCCGCUUCCUUGCCUUCGAUGAGCAGGCGGUGCCCGAACACGACGUCAGCUUGGUCAGCGGUCGCAUGAGGGGUGCGGCCAAUGAGUCGCUCGAGACGGCGGGCGACCCUGCCUCGUUGGCUGUGGCCACCCAAGCCAAAAUGGCUCUGAUGACCACCAAUACGGGGCUGACGUUCGAGGACCGCACCUGGCAGGGACUGGACCCGGCUCUGGGGCAGACGGAGCCAGCCGAGCUGCAGCCAGGCCUCAGUGGCAUUCCGAUUAAGUACUCGCAUCAAUAAAGACCACUCCAAAUGGAUCAUUAGCCAGAAA